CACCACCCCCACCCCCCAAAUCUCCAUCCUUAUUCUUCUUCUUCUUCAUUUCCCAAGUUCAAUGAACACAGAGAACCAACUCGGAUUCGUUACAAUCCCAUAGGAUUCAUCUCUAAAUGUAACAGAGGAGAGAGUGUUCACACCACUGUGAAAAUUCCACUUCACUAGGAGAUUCCGAGAGAUUCGGUCAUGUCGUCGGUCUACAGUCCGGGCCGGAGCCCCGGGAGCUCGCGGCUCCAGGUCGGCGGCGGCGGAGGCGUCUCGCGGCUGAGAUCUUCGUCCAUGAAGAAGCCGCCGGAGCCGCUGCGGCGCUCGGUGGCGGAUUGUCUGGCGUCGUCGGCGGCGAGCUCGCACCAUGCCACCACUUCCUCCAGUGUGCUCCUCUCCGAAGCUUCCAGAAUUCUCAGGGAUUAUUUGGCAUCCCCAACAACGAUGGACUUAUCUUACAGUGUGAUUUUAGAACAUACCAUUGCUGAGAGGGAGCGCAGCCCUGCAGUUGUCGCAAGGUGCGUGGCACUUUUGAAACGCUACCUCUUACGGUACAAACCCAGUGAAGAGACAUUACUGCAGAUUGAUCGGUUUUGUGUAAACACUAUUGCCGAAUGUGAUAUGGGUCCCAACCGGAAAUUGACUCCUUGGUCACAGUCGCUUGCAUCAACAGCAUCUACAAAUAUUCCCCCUUUGUCUGUACCUAGUUUUGCUUCUGGGACUCUUGUAAAGUCAUUGAACUAUGUGCGGUCUCUGGUGUCUCAACAUCUUCCAAGGCGAUCAUUCCACCCAGGUGCUUUUUCUGGAGGCCUGUCUGCAACCAGACAAUCCCUUCCUAGUUUGUCUUCUUUGUUGAGUAGAUCCUUCAAUGGGCAGCUAAGCCCUGCACAUAGUGGGGAAUCUUCAGAGAAUAAAGAUGUCACACCUAUGUCUAUUUUGAACCUAUCAAAUACUGAAAAGGUUGAUGGAAUGAAAGAUCUUGAAUACCUUGCACUCGACGUUCUUAGGUGGCGCUGGCUCGGAGAACAGCAGUCAUCAUUAUUGCUACUGGAAAGUGAUCGCGUUGCAAAUUCCCAAGAAAUGAGAACAUAUAAUCUCCUAGAAGUAGGUGCAGCAGCUCUACUUGUAGGAGACGUGAAAGCUAAAAUGAAGGGUCAACCGUGGAAGUUCUUCGGAACGGCCGAUAUGCCUUAUCUUGAUCAACUGUUGCAACCUUCACCAGUAACUGCAAUUACUGAUUCAUCAGCAGCACGUGCCCACCUGAGGGCAAUAACAGCAUGUAAACGCACUAAAUCUGGCCCGAGUCAAAUAUGGGAUGAAUCUCCUGCGAGCACAUUUCGUCCACGGGCUAAACCGCUUUUUCAAUAUCGUCACUACAGUGAACAACAACCCCUGCGGUUGAAUCCAGCUGAGGUUUGUGAAGUCAUUGCUGCAGUUUGCUCCGAGGCAUCUUCACCCACUGCUAAUCUGAUGACAGUAUCAUCUAGAUUAAAUAAUAACUAUGGAAAGCCGUCGAUGGAUGCAGCAGUGAGCGUCUUAAUCAAACUUGUCAUUGACAUGUAUGUUUUGGAUCCUGGGACUGCUGCUCCUCUCACUCUGUCUAUGCUCCAGGAAAUGCUUAAUUCUCCAAUAGCAACGUGUAGAGUUCGUGCAUUUGAUUUCAUUUUGAACCUUGGAGUUCAUGCUCAUUUACUUGAGCCGAUGAUGACUGAUGACACUUCUACAAUUGAAGAAGAUUAUUCUCAAGAAUCAUAUUUUGAUAGUGAAGCUAAGCUUGCAACACAAGAAAUGAGAAGAUCAGAUUCUGUUUUUGCAGGCACUUUCUCAGCUAUUGACGAUUUUGAAACAUGGAUUUUGAAUAUUUUAUAUGAGAUUUUGCUUCUUCUUGUUCAGAUUGAAGAGAAAGAAGAAUCUGUGUGGGCUUCUGCUCUUAGCUGUUUGCUUUAUUUUGUCUGUGAUAGAGGCAAAAUAUUGAGAAACCGGAUAAAUGGACUUGACAUAAGGGUUGUUAAGGCUCUACUAGUAAGCAGCAGGAAGAAUUCUUGGGCAGAAGUAGUCCAUUGCAAGCUUAUUAGCAUGUUAGCAAACAUGUUUUAUCAAGUACCUCAAGAUGCAGAUGAGAAUGUUUCAAGUACCCGCCUAUUUGUUGUGGAGCAAGUUGAUCUGAUUGGUGGACUUGAGUUUAUUUUCCUUGAGUAUUCACUAGCAAAAUCAAAGGAUGAAAGGAGAAAUCUGUUUUUGGUGCUUUUCGACUAUGUUUUGCAUCAAAUUAAUGAAGCAUGCAUAGCUACAGGAGGCACAGAGUAUAGCGAUGAUGAGAUUCAACCUCUUGUUGCCCUUCUCACAAUGGCUGAUGCUUCUGAAGCCAUUUAUAUCUGUAUUAAGCUUGGGCUGAUUGGCAUUGGGGAACUUAUGAAGAAUUCUAUUUCUGAUGCAUUGUCUAGAUAUCCGAACAGUGAACGGCUAAAUUUGCUGUUGGAGAAUGUAAUGGAGAAAUUUGGGGCAACCAUAAGUUCAUUUACUCAUUUAGACACGGAGUUCUUCCAUAUGAUGCAGAUAACAAAAUCCUAUAAGUCCUUGGAUAGCAUUGAAGGUGCAGUUCUAAGAAAUGGCGUUGGCAUGAAAGCAAAGCUCUCGUGGGCUGUUUUGCAUUCGCUACUUCAUUCUGGGAACAUUGCAUACCAUCGUAAUGCAUAUGUCUGGUUAAGCGAUCUGCUUAUUGCAGAAAUUAGUGAUGAAAGGGAUUCAAGUAUAUGGUCAAAUAUUAAAACCAUGCAGCAGAAAAUUUUCCUUGCUGGUGUCCAUGAUUCUGCAGUUGCCUCAGAUGUUCCUGUGCCCAUUUGGCUUAUGUGUGGUCUCUUGAAAUCAAGGCACAGCAGCAUUAGAUGGGGUUUUCUGUUUGUUCUUGAAAGGCUUCUCAUGAGGUGUAAGAUUUUGUUAAAUGAAACUAAAACCCAGCAAUCACAUGACAGUGAUAUUGGGGAUAUGCACAAGGAUAAUCGUCUCGAGAAAGCUAAUGCAGUGAUAGACAUCAUGAGUAGUGCCUUGUCCUUGGUUUUUCAGAUAAAUGAGACAGAUCGCAUGAAUAUUCUGAAGAUGUGUGACAUACUAUUCUCUCAAUUGUGCUUAAAAGUUCCUCCUGCAAGUUCAACAGAGGUAGGAGAAGAUGCACAACGUGGUAGGGUUCUUUUUCGCAUGGAUGGUAAUAAGAAAGUUGAUGAUAAAGAGAAUUACCAGGAUGUCUGUACCGAAGGAACUGGUGGCAGAUCUAGCCAGGGUAACAACAAUCCUCUAGAGCAUGGGACAGAAUUGAUGGCAGCACUGCUUCUUCGAGGGCAGGCUAUAGUUCCCAUGCAAUUGGUUACACGUGUUCCUGCUGCUUUGUUAUAUUGGCCAUUGAUUCAACUUGCUGGUGCAGCUACGGAUAACAUAGCGUUGGGUAUAGCUGUUGGAAGCAAGGGACGCGGGAACCUUCCUGGGGCAACGUCUGACAUACGGGCUACCCUUCUAUUACUUCUUAUUGGUAAAUGUACUGCAGAUCCUACUGCUUUCCAGGAAGUUGGUGGGGAAGAAUUUUUUAGGGAACUCUUAGAUGAUACAGACUCAAGGGUAGCAUACUACUCCUCAGCCUUUCUUUUAAAGCGAAUGAUGACAGAGAAACCUGAAAAGUAUCAGCACAUGCUUCAGAAUCUUGUUGUUAGAGCUCAGCAGAGCAACAAUGAAAAGCUGUUAGAAAAUCCAUACCUGCAAAUGCGUGGCAUACUUCAGCUGGCCAACGAUCUAGGAACGGGGUUGUAAUCUGGCGAUGCCGAUUUGUAAAUGUUAUUCUCCUCAACCUUGUAGAAGAUGCUCCCAAGCUCAGAUUCAUGCUGCCAUUGUAAUGCUCAUGGUAUUUUCUGCUCGCACAAUUUGGCAAGUUCAGAAAGCAUAAUGCUUAGUGGGUUCUAAUUUAUAAAUGUACUUCAAGUGGCUGCGAUAUAGAUCUCAACUGUGUGAUUCUGGCCAAAAAUCAAUAAACCUGAGAGUAGGAGGUGCAUUCAUUUGGUUGGAUACUGCUGGAAACAUUUCCAAUGGAAUGCAUUUGCUCCAAGACUGGCAAUCAAGGGUUGUGCUUGCUAAGAUUAUUAGUAAAUAGUGAGCCAGAUUGAUAUCUACUCGCAGAUCUUCCUCUCCAGAUUAUUGUAUAGUUGUGUAAUGAGUUGUUGGUGGAGACAUCCUCUGUUUUGUAAAAUAUUGAGUUCAUGUUCAGCUGAAUGAUUCCAAGUGGAGGCUUGUUAGCAAAGAAGUUACAAGUCUGUUCAGGAAGUUUAGGACCUGUUCCUUGUUCUUCUGCCUUCCAUCCUGCCAAUGGACGUUGGGAGUUAUCAUGGCAGCCAUGCAGCUUAUCUCCAGGCUGUUAUUGUGUGCAUUACAGUGACAAGACACUCGGUGGAAACUCUUGGACUUAUACUCCAUGUACAGAAUCAAGAUUUCUAUUUCCCUCCAAGCCUACACAUAAUUUAUUUAUCAUUCCUGAAGGCAAAUCUUGAUGCUGCCUUUUAUGAAGGCAUACUCGAUUAUGACAUUCUUUUUGCAUAACCUAACAUAGAGGUUAAUUAUCUGACAGUAAUGGAAGCGAGUACGUAGUCAAUCUUGUCUCUUGUCUUGUAUGUUCAGCAGGGACUCUAAACAAGAGGGUAUCAGAGGGUAGACUGCAUGCCAUGAUUUCUAAUUCCAUUUUAUGUUGUGAGCAUCACAGAGUGUCCGUUUUUUCAGGGCUUCUCCAAGUGCUUGCUAUAAAUUUUAGACCUGCAUGGUUUACUUUUGACAUAAGCUGUUGAUUGUUGUAAAAUGGCUGUAGAGAAAUUUUGCUCAUGUAUGACAUCGAAGCGAUUGAUUUCCUAGCAAAAGUAUUGGUUUUAGUAUAAUUGUUUAAGCCUUUAAGGUUUUGUUUUUUUUUUU